GGACCCCGAGCCGCCUGCGGCCGGGGGACCCAUGCCCACUCUUCCGCCUCGCUCGCCAGGCGCUGGAACUAGCGCGUGCCCCCUGGUCGGCCUCUGCGUCCCCGGUCCGUUCUCUGGUGGCCGGGCGCAGCUCACGGCCCCUCAGCCGCGCGCCGCCCCACAGGGCUCGGCUGUCGGGAUGGGGUGCGCGUCUCACUGCCUCUCUCCAAGGCCCGAGGCCUUGGUUCCAGAGGGGCUGGGCGUUGGUGUCCUCCGUGGGGGUGGUGUUUCUGCCUGUUCUUCUUCCAUGUUUCACGUGGAGGUCCCGCCGCGCCGAAAAGGAGCCUUUGAGGACCCAGAGCUGUCAGAAGCAGCAGCUGUAGCUGUAAAACCAGAAAAAUUUCGGGAGCUGGGCUCCUUCCCUCACGUAAAACGAGGAGACUUGGACUAAAUUUACUAAGAUUCCCUUUAAUCCAUCACAUCCCUUUUUGGCCGGGGCUGAGUUUGAACCCACCACCUCUGGCAUAUAGAGCAGGUGCCCUACUCCUUUGAGCCACAGGCACCACCAAAGUGGCAGUCAUGUUUGAGAAUGAACAGAAACUUUAACCCUAGAGCUAACUUUGUUUCAACUGACACUGUCAAGGCAGCUCAAGAAUAAAUAAGAAAAUUAAGUUGAAAACAAACUACUUAUUGAUCACAUUGAAUUGAAAAUUGGAUUAAAAAUGAAAUUGUGUAUUUAAAUCUGCCUGAGAUGGAUGCCUAUGUCAUCAAGAAGGAACAUCAUUGUUACUGACCUUCAUGAUGUUUGGUGGCUAUGAGACUAUAGAAGCAUAUGAAGAUGACCUUUAUCGUGAAGAGUCAUCUAGUGAAUUGAGUGUUGAUAGUGAGGUGGAAUUUCAACUCUACAGCCAAGUUCAUUAUGCCCAAGAUCUUGGUAACAUCAUCAGGGAGGAAGAAUGUGAAGAAAAGAACCCUGGGAAUUCUGAAUCAUCAACUAGUAAACCAAAUCAGAAGAACUUAAUUGUCCUUUCAGAUAGUGAGGUCAUCCAGCUUUCAGAUGGGUCAGAGGUUAUCACCUUGUCUGAUGAAGAUAGUAUUUAUAAAUAUAAAGGAAAGAAUAUUGGAGUGCAAGCACAAGACAAGGUGCAAGGUCCUUCUGCUUCUGUUCGUUCUAAUGAGUUGGCUGAUGAAGAAUGCAAGAGGGAUAUUGAGAAAACUAAACCUAAAGAGAGAUCAGGUAUAAUCCGAGAGGUCAUGAUUAUAGAGGUCAGUUCAAGUGAAGAGGAAGAGAGCUCUAUUUCGGAAAGUGAUAAUGUGGAAAGCUGGAUGCUGCUGGGAAGUGAAGAAGAUGAUAAAGAUGAUGAUAUCCUUCUCAACCUUGUGGGAUGUGGAGACUCUGUUACUGAAGGAGAAGAUGGUGUGAAUUGGUUCAUCAGUGAAAAAGAUAUUGAGGCCCAGAUAGCUAAUAACAGAUCUCCUAGAAGAUUGGCCCAGCGAUACUACUCAGACUACAAAAACGUUAUCUGUAGAAAUUGUGACAAACGUGGCCAUUUGUCAAAAAACUGCCCCUUACCACAAAAAGUUCGUCCAUGCUUCUUGUGCUCCGAAAGAGGACAUUUACUAUAUUCCUGUCCAGCUGCCCAUUGCAUAAACUGUCCUUUGCCUAAGAAAUUGGGCCACAGAUGUCUUUUCAGAUACUCCUGGUCUAAACAAUGUGACCGAUGUCAUAUGCAAGGCCACUAUACUGAUGCUUGCCCAGAAAUCUGGAGGCAGUAUCACCUAACGACCAAACCUGGACCACCCAUAAAGCCGAAGACCCCUUCCAGACCAUCAGCCUUAGUAUAUUGCUACCUCUGUGCACAGAAAGGCCAUUAUGGACAUGAAUGUACAGAAAAAAAUGAAUAUGAAGAAUAUGUGGUAUCUCCAUUCAUCAGCUACUAUGACGACAAAGAUGAGAUUCAAGAGAGAGAGAAGAGACUAAAACGAGAAAUAAAAGUACUCAAGAAAAAUGGGCACAUUCCAAUGAGUCUCAAGGUACCUUUUAUGGAAACAGCAGAUAAGAACACCUACCAUAAUUGGAGGAAGAGAUAUCUCUUGUGGAAAAACAUUAUGUGGCCUCAAGAAGAUAAAAAAAUGAAGAACAGGAAUAGAGACCAUGAGAAGCAUAGGAGAGGUGAAAGACAUCAUGACGUGGAUGAUGAUUUUCCCAGGGGCCCAAAAACUCACUCUCCUUCUGGCAGAAUUAAAACCCAGAAGGCUCAUAAAUCCUUUCAUCAUUCAUCGAGUAACCAUAAGUCAAGAGAUGACAAGCUUUCCAAAGCAGGGAAGCAGGGCAAGCGAAAGAAAAAAGAGAAAUACUUGGGAAAUGAUAGCAAUGAUAAUUUAUUUCUCAUUAAGCAGAGGAAAAAAAAAUUCUAAGUUGUUAGUCUCUGGUUUGACUUUUCAUUGUUUAUUUGGUCCUCGUGUCUGUAGCAUUCUGGCAGAAUUUUUGUUAUCUAUGAUGAAAUAGAAUGAAUUUUUUUUUUUUAUUCCACCCAAAGUUGCUGAACAAAAACCAUAGAGAUCUCAGUUUUCUUUGUCCAACAGUUUAUUAAGCAAGAAAAUAAAUAAACUUGGAUUUUCCUUGUUCCAAUGUCAUUUUUACUCAGAAUCCUAGGUAUAAGAAUUAUUAAUCUUUCCAAGAAAACUUUAUAAAAAUACUUUGGGGGGGGGAAAAGCUUAUUGAGUGUAAUUCAUCCACAGUAUAUAGAUUCAAUCCUGCAAGGGAGAUAAAUUAACACUAACAAGAAAUUUUCAAUCGUUUUCAGGUUUAAACAUUGGAAAAGACAAUAGCUAUAAAUCUAAAUCCAGCUUUUCUUCUUUCUGAAGCAUUUGUCAGAAUCUUUCUUUAGACAAAACAUCCACAAACUAUAAAAACAAAGGUAUCAUCGUUGAAGCACUGAAAAGGCAGGAAAUUGGGCUUUAGCAAAUACCAAUAAGGAAUCCAUCCAUCUUGUAUAUAUGUCAUAAGACAGACUUCCUAAACAAAUCAAACAGAGUCAUCAAAACUUUUAAUAUCAGCUCGGCACCUGUGACUCAAGCGCCAGCCAUAUACAUCUGAGCUGGCGGGUUUGAAUCCAUGGAGCCCAGGAUUCGAACAAUAAUGACGACUACAACCAAAAAAUAGCCAGGCACUGUUGCAGGCAUCUGUAGUCCCAGCUACUUGGGAGGUCAUGGCAGGAGAAUCGCUUGAGCCCAGGAGUUGGAGGUUGCUGUGAGCUGUGUGAUGCCACAGCACUCUACCCAGGGCGACAGCUUGAGGCUGUCUCAAAAAAAAAAAAAAAAAAAAAACUUUUAAUAUCACAGUGAAGUAGUUUUUUAUCACUUUUGCAGACACAUUUCAUCAACUCAGAUUUAUAGAGAUGAAUAGUACCUAAUUAAAAACUUAGUUUUUAUGAAUUUAACUGUCACAAAACUAUACAGAAUUUUUUGUACUUGUGAACCUUUUGUGCUUAUUAAAGCCUUAUGUUUGAAUAAGAAAAAUAAAAUGUCUGAAAUAGAGUAAAUGUGUCUAUUAUAUAAAAAGACAAUGAGAGUUUGAGUGACAGAGGGCAUAGUUGCGUUGGACAGGUGACAGAAGUUACAACAUCACCGUAAACUGGAGUAAAAAAAUGCCUCUAUUGCCGAAGCACAAGCUCUCUGCCAGAAUAAAACAGUAUGGAGUCAGUUAAAUAGGAUAAUUUUAUAAUAUUGGAUUCUUAAAUUUGUAUUUUAUUCUUUGGAAAGUGUGCAAACUACUGUAUGUCUAGUAGGAAAAGAGAAGGGAGAGGGACAGUUAAUUCCCUCCUUCUGUGUCAACUCUAAUGUAAAUUGCAGGUCCACAAUCUUUAGUCCUCCCUGUUGCCUAGAUUUCAGCUAACUUAAUGGCUUCCUAACAUCAGCUAAAGUUGUUUAACCC